AUGAGAACUACACUUUGCCUGGUCGUAUUGCUGCGAAUCUUCCUACAGCAAGCAGGCGCUCAGGAAACGUAUUGUAGCUGCGGAUUCUUGGAUCCGGACACAAACAGCAUCUACACUGAUACACUAAUCGCCUAUUUCAAUGAGACCUCAUCGAUCGACUCGACCAUAUUUGCUGCUCAGGACUUCGCUCACAGGACUCAACAUGGCUGGAACACAAUCUUUCGAGAAGGCGCAAAGCCCCAAAAUGUCCGAUUAUCGAACGACUCUGGUGUCUGGCACGCCAAUCAAUCUGCCAACUUCGAAGUGCCGGCUCUGGAGCUCAUUACCGAUCCAGGCACCGCAGAUCACGUCGUCUACGGAGGGAAACUUCAGACUCUCAGGCGCGAUAUUCAAUUUGGCUCUUUCAGAGCCAGCAUGAAGUCAGUUGCUCCAGGGGCUGGCGGGACUGCUCUGACAAUGGGUGUCGCGUACAACGCCUCGCAGGGCCUUCAAGUAGACUUUCUGAAUAUGGAUCAUCGAAGGGAUGCGUAUGCCACGAAUCUCGUCAACGGCGAAUGGCCGUCGUUUGACGAUAAUUCGACCACGAAUUACACUGAAAUUAACUCCACGGGAAUCAACCCUUGGGCAUCCUUUGUCGACGUUCGCAUGGACUGGAACGAAACGAACGUAGACUUCUGGAUCAACAAUGUUCGAACUCGGUCGGCGACGAAAGACGACAGGAGCGUGCCAGCCGCAGGUACGGCAUUGGAGCUGAAGUCCUGGAGUACCGGCGAUAAAACGUACAUGGAAGGACCCCCAAGUGGCAACGCAACGAGAGGCCAUGUGCUGUAUGUGAGAGCAUUCUUCAACUCCAGUACCAUGACAGCCAAUGAUCACAAAACGUAUGACGAUCGUUGCACUGGACUGCCGAGAUGUUUGACAUCAGACAUCACCCUUCGAAAUUCAAGCUAUUACUCGCCAGCAUCGACUGUCAAAUGGGAGCAGCAUUUUGACCGCAGUGCGAUUCGCACUCUCGCCGGUAUCGUUGCUGCUGCGUGCAGCACACUGGGCGUUCUAGCGCUGGUCAACGUCUUUAUGCGCCGGUCUCCGUUGCGUAAGAUCUACCGGACGCUUUUCAAAAGGAACUCCAAGGGCUCCGUCAGCUCAGAGAGCAGAUCCAGCGAGGAACUACGAGUGCCUUCAGGGGAACACUCACAGGGCCCUGAUAGUGGCUAUGCCACUCCACUGCCGGGAUACAGCUCCGGAACUCAGACACCAGCACCGGCAUACGCUUCUCAGACCGCCCUGGUCUCCGCAGCCGAAGUCUCGAGCUCAUCUGGCCUGCACCACACCUCAUCAGCUGCGGAGUUGAAGGACGUUGGAAGCCUGGGAAGUCUUCGCUCCAGGGCUAACGGUACAGAUGAAGUGAGUGUACUUCCACGCAUUCCUGAGCGUGAUUCGAUGGUGGUGGAGCCGGCAUCUCAAGUGGUCCGUCAUUCCACCCUUGAUGAGAAGGGUCAAACCAGUCUCUCUGUCACCGAGAAAGGCAAAGGCAUUAGUGCUCAGGUAUUCUCAGUUCCCUCGGACCCUCUUACGGAGAAGCUUCCCCCUGUCAUGGAGCAUAUACAUCUGCCCGUAAAGCCGGAGGACAAAGUCGAACCAGUGACUGGCGCCGUCGUCGCAACUCUACCAGCCAAUGCCGCCCCUAAGAAGCGUAUCGAUUACCUUGCUGGACUUGUUGCCGUUGCCUGUAUUGGUGUCACGUUGCGUCAUUUCUGCCAGACCUUCUGGCCAUGGAUUAUCAACGGCUACGGCUCUACAGCACACUGGCCCAAGGUCGAGAAGUGGGCUAACAUCUUCAUUGGAGCGUUUGCCAUAACUCAGCUCUGGAUCGGACCUUUCUUCUUGACUGCAACUCGUUUCUUAUCAACCAACUACCUCAAAAAUGGCAACCUGGAAGAUAUCGCGAAGAAGCUUCUGCGUCGAGGACCGCGUCUGUUCGUCCCGAUCAUUAUUAUCUAUACCCUGGAGUACUUUCUUAUGGAGAUGGGCUUGACUACGGCCUUGCAGCUACUGCCAUCAGUUGGCUAUUCUACUUGGCCGUACGUCGUCCCAGCACCGAACUUUGGUGUCUACUUGAACGACUUGUUCCAGCUGGCGUACCUCAUGCCAAACGCCAUCCCGGAGGUAGUCUCCCACUAUUGCAUCGGUGUGCUUUGGACGGUGCCUAUCCAACUACAGUUCACUUACGUUGUUCUCAUCGGCGCUGUGCUUGUACGCUCAGUCAAAACGCCCUGGAAACGCGCCUGCUUUUACGCAUUCAUCAUCACAUGUGGUUGGUACGCUAGAAGUUGGAGCGCUUGCCAUUGGUGCGGUCUGGCACUGUCAGAUCUUGACGCCACUUUCAAGUGGAAGAAGUAUCUCGAAUCCCACAAGGUCGUCAAAUAUUUGAUCAUGACAGCCGCAUUCGUGGGAGCAGCUGGAGCACCACUUGCGGCAGUCUUCAACGGCGAUUGGUCAUUCGAUACCCGCGAGAACAGCAUUCAUCCCGAUUUCGAGACAGGCCUCCCAAUCGUUCAGGCACGAGGAGUCGAAUAUCCAGACUACUAUAUCCCGACAUUCACCAUCCUGGCGUUCUCAAUUGGCCUUCAAAUCCUUGUGGAGCUGUCGACUUGGGUCCAGGCUUUCCUGUCGAUCAAGAUGAUCUUGUGGCUACAUCCACACAUCAUGACUGUGUACCUCUUCCACGGCUUUAUCUUCUGGGCAUUCGGAUCUGCUGUUUGCGUUGGGCUGUGGAAAGUCGGUUUGCCAUAUUGGGCCUGCUUGCUGCUGACGUUGAUCCUCAGCUAUACAGUGCUGUUCCUCGUGGCUAGUGUUCUCACUCCAUUGAUGGCCGUGCCAACGGAUGCGUCGAUGAGAUUUUUGGAUCGAUGGACCAAAGAGGAUCCUGUCCCAAAAGUCUCGACGAUCAUGCCUUAUCACAAAACGUUGAUUCUGGAUCGAGAGGGCGUGGAGGCUAAAGCAAGAGAUGAUCGUGUUGCUGAGGAUGAGAAGGCUGCGUAG